GCAGUGGUACACACCUGUGCGCGAGGGUUGGGCUGGGUGCGGAAGCGCGCGGCCCCAGAGCUCAAACUGCGCGCGGCCAUGUGGGGGGUCAUCGCGUACCUGAACAGCCCCGAGCUGGUGGCCGCUUUCCAGCGAUGUUAUGGCCUGAUUCCGAGAGAGACAUGCUCGUAUGUCACUCAAAACGGACUCGUAAACGCGAACGGUUCCGAUGGGGACGGUUUAGUCAAGGUUCACCGGCGCAAAGCGCAGCAAAUGGGGAACGGGAUGUCACGCGCACAGGACAGUAACUUCAACUAUAAAUGCACCAGUUCACAAUAUGACAACAAAGUCGGAGAGCAUCCUGGGCCUCAUUAUAAGGUGAAGAACUGGCUUUUCUAUUUUCUAUUUGUGUCGUCAGCCACUCUGGGACAUGAAGUCUUUUACAUCACUUUCCUGCCCUGCAUCCACUGGAACCUCGACCCGUUCCUGUGCAGACGCCUCGUCAACGUCUGGGCUGUGGUGAUGUAUAUUGGGCAGGUCAUGAAGGAUAUUUUAAAGCUGCCUCGUCCUUCAGCUCCCCCUGUGGUCAAACUGGAGACACGCGUGGAUGCAGAGUACGGAAUGCCGUCCACGCAUGCCAUGGCAGCAACAGCCAUUUCAUUUACACUGCUUCUCAGUGCUCAGGAGAGAGUGAAGUUCCACUUUGAAUUGGGACUGUUUGUGGCUGUGGUUCUGUCUACACUGGUAUGUCUGAGUCGUCUUUAUACCGGCAUGCACUCUGCUCUGGAUGUGAUCUGCGGAGCUCUAAUUUCAGCCUUCAUCAUGGCUGUAUCGUACCCUUACUGGGGAACCUUUGACUUCCUGCAGCUUCACAGCCCAUUCUCCCCCGUAGUGGCGUUGGUUGUGCCACUCUUCCUGUGUUACAAAUACCCUGAGCUAGACCAUUACAGCACCACACGGGGGGACACCACCAUUAUUUUAGGAGUCGGGGCGGGCUGCUCAGUCGGUUACUGGGUGAAUGAGAGAUUGGGCCUGACCUUUGACCUAUCUGGACCCCUUCCAGUGACCCUGCCACCUCUGACCCAUGUGGCCUUUGGUCUUGGUGUCGCACGGUUCCUGAUUGGGGUGGGAUUUCUGGUAUUGACCCGACAGACAGUGCGAUGGGUGAGCCUGCGGGUGUUCUGCUGGGUUUACGGAGUGUCUGCGAGUGAUGUCAAAGCUUGCAGGAGGAAAGAGAUCGAAGUGCCCUACAAGUUCUGCACGUACACAGCCAUCGGACUGGUCAAUAGUAUCAUAGUGAACCGAGUGUUUGUAAUGAUGGGACUGUGGGAUUUGGGAAAUGGGAUUUCUGUGUAAUUUCACUGAGACAGAAAUCUGUUUACAGACAUGUUACUUGCACUGUCGCAUCGUUUGAAGGGAAUGCCACUUCAUAAACCUGUUUAGCUUUAAAUUGUAGCACUAACCAGAAUUUGUCAAACCUAGCACUGUAAGUACACAACUUCACCAAAUUUUGAAAUCAGUUUGAAAAUUGAAUUUUGGGAAUGCUGUUUACAUUGAUCUUUCAUGUUUUCCUAAUUUUCAACAUCAGUGUUGCAUAGGAAAUUAAAGAAAUUUUCUGGGUUUAAUAUAUGUUAAGCUCUUUCCACAGCAUCUGUAGCCACAAAAAAGGAUUUGGACUUAUACCUCAGUUUGUAAAAACAAAACGUAUUAAUAGAAAGAUGCUUAUGAUCAAAGUCUAUGUGGCAACUGUUGUACUGUCGAGGCUUUUUUUUUUUUUUUACCAGUGAAAUUAUUUU